AUGGCAAAUACAAACAAAAAAUUAAAUCCGUCGAAAUCAACUUUCCGUAUAAAUACAGCGACAAGUCGGUCAUCGAAAGGAAUGGCAAAUUCCGAAGAAGACCAAAUUGAAUUGGAAUUGACCGCAGAUAAUAUCGAAUUGAUGGAGAGUUUAUCAUCGACAGCAACAACAUCCGGCGUUUCUUCAAACCAACGUGAGAAUAAAUCAAACGAGUGUCAAGUUCGCAAUGGACGUGCUUCGCGACAUCAUCGAAGAAGCGCUUCUUCAUCGUCCUCCUCAUCGUCGUCAUCGACUUCUUCAUCUUCGUCAUCGGAUGAAGAAGAAAGACCCUACUAUACUGAUCCGCGUAGAGAACGACAACGUUUGACGUCCGUACGAAAGAACACCGAAAAGUCACGGCGUCAAAUAAGACGAAAGCAACGUUUUGACAAAUAUCUUCGCGACAAAGAAGAAAAGAAACGAAGCCAAAGAACAUCACCAUCGUCAAGAUCAUCUCGAUCGCAUCAUUCAUCUCACGACAAUCAACGGAAAUCAGAAUCAAGAAAAUCACCUUCAAAUGAACAGCCUCAAAUUAUAUAUGUUCCGGUACCACAAGCUGGAUAUUCGAUGGGAUACAAUAUGUCACCACACGUAAUGGCACCAAUGCAAAUGCCUUAUUUACCUGCACACAAUGGUUUUCAACCAUCAAUGCCACCUCCUCAUCAUUUCUACGGACCUAUGCAUCCGCUGCAAAUGGCGCCACCAAUGAGACCGAUGAAUGUGCCAUUCCGAGCUUCAAUGCGAGCGCCAUUCCGAGUUCGACUGCCACCAAGGCUGUUCCAUCACCAGAGGCCAUUUCAACGCAGAAUGCAAUAA